UGAAGUAUCUCAGUGCACUUAAAGAUGCUGUACCUAACGAUCGUUCUUUUCCUUCUUAUAAUCAUUUGCCUCUAUUGUCUUUGUGAUUGUGCCAAACCAAGAAAUUAUCCACCUGGUCCAAUAUGGCUACCAAUGUUGGGAUGUUUCGUGAUAUUUUUGCGAUUACGUUUAAAAUUUGGAUUCAUUCAUUUGGCUAUGCAAGAACUGGAAGGUAGGUAUGGGCCAAUAUUAGGACUAAAACUCGGAAAACAAAGGAUAGUAGUAGUCUCGACGUACGAUAUGGUGAAGAAAACCAUUCUCCGCGAUGAGUUUAAUGGCCGACCGGACGGAUUCUUCUUCAGGAUACGAGCAUUUGGGAAGAGAAAAGGUCUAUUGUUCACCGAUGGUGCCGCUUGGUCGCAGUGUCGUAAAUUCACGAUGCGACACCUGCGAGUGUUCGGUAUAGGUCAGGCAAUUAUGAAACAGCAAUUGGUCUUCGAGGCUCAAGAGCUCGUUAAUCAUCUCCAGGAGAUGAGCGAGCGCGGCGCGGUGUUGAUGCAGACGGUAUUCGACGUCGCAGUCCUUAAUUCAUUAUGGUUUAUGUUUGCCGGACACAGAUUCGGCUACAAAGAUGAAAGACUGCAACAAGCGCUCGAGGUCUCUCACGAUGCAUUCAAAUUAAUGGACAUCCUGGGCGGAGUGAUGUCGCAGAUACCCUUUUUACGUUUCAUUAUCCCAGAAUUAUCGGGAUAUAAUGAACUGAUGAGGAUCCUCGAGAAACUAUGGAAUUUCCUUGACGAAGAAAUUAAGAUGCACGAGAUCGAGCCGCCCAAUCAGCCGCGCGAUCUUAUUGACGCGUUUCUUCUUGAGAUUUCGUAUAAGAAUAAUGAUGAAAAUACUAUUUUUAAUCGUGAGAAUUUAUUGGUAUUGUGCCUUGAUCUCUUCUUGGCCGGAUCGAAAACGACCAUCGAUACAUUAACGUCCAUGUUUCUCUUUCUGUCACUAAACCCUGAAUGGUUGAAGAUACUUCAAGAUGAAUUGGACAACGUCGUCGGUAGAUCGAGAGCUCCUACCGAGGACGAUUUGCCAUUUUUACCGAUGACAGAAGCUUUCUUAGCCGAGAUACAAAGAUAUUUGAUUUUGGCACCACUUGGUGUACCUCACAAGACCUUAGAGGAGGUUUCCAUAAACGAAUAUCGAAUACCUAAGGACACGAUUGUGAUUUUCGACUAUUAUAGCGUUCACAACGAUAAAGAGUACUGGAACGAACCGGAAGUGUUUCGUCCGCAACGUUUUCUAGACGAACGGGGCCAAUUUCGUCGCAACAACUACAGCUUACCUUUCGGUCUAGGCAAGAGACGCUGUCCGGGUGAACAGCUGGCUCGUUCUUCAUUGUUCAUGUUCCUCACCAACGUCGUGCAUCACUUCGACAUGGAACUCCUGGCCGAUCACGAUAAACCAGAGCUGAGAGGCUACGACGGCUUCACCCUGUCGCCGAAGCCGUAUUAUCUUAAAUUCACGAAAAGAUCUGGGUGACGGAGACGCAACAAGCCUUUUUUUAUACGCAAUGACGAUACAUUUGGACUUCGGCGAAGCGCGGGAUUGGUUUCGUCGAACUCGUAAAACGAGACGUAAAAGUCAAACUUUCGCGCGCCGGUAAAACCAAUAAACGUCACUUGCAAACAUUGCGCCAGAUCUGUAAUAGCUACAAAUGUUUUUGUCAAACAUUAGUUCACGCUACACGUAUAACACGUAAAAUAUACAAUACGUCAAUUAUAAUGAUUACUUUCGCUACAAAUUACAAUAGUAAUGUAAUAAAAUAUUAUUGUAAUAUAAUUGUUACAUACACACGUGUUCCUUCACUUGCUGCUAUGCGAUAGAAUCAAAUUUAACUAACUCGUAUUUCUAAUUUUUAUUAUAAAAUAGAAUAUAAAGUCUACAAAAAAAGA